AUGCCUACCGAACCCGCCCCGGGCACCAUUGGGACCCUCACUCCCGAGCAGGAGGCUAAACUUCAGGAAUUCUGGAUCCUCACGCUCAAGGUUUUCGGCGUCAAACUCGAUGCCCUCGAGACUGAGGCGGCCAAUGGCAACGGUAACGGCGAGGCCGCACCAGCAACCCCGCCGAAGGAGAAGAAGUCGGCACCCAAGCGCCGAUGGGGACUCUUUGGCCGCAGCACCGACGACGACGAUGACUCCAAGAGCGUCUCCUCCGCGAAAGGCAUCACCUCGAACCUGGCCUCCAUCAACAUCACCGACGGCGAUGACAAGUAUGGCCAGUCCAAGGAGUUCCAACAAGCGCUGGAACAACUGGAGCCGGAAGAGAUCCGCACCGCAUACUGGAAUAUGGUGAAGCAGGAUAAUCCGGAUGCGCUGCUGCUGCGUUUCCUGCGCGCGCGCAAGUGGGACGUCCAGAAGGCGCUCAUCAUGAUGAUUUCCACCAUGCGCUGGCGUCUGCAGGAUGUGCAUGUCGACGACGAUAUCAUGGCCAAUGGCGAGGCCCUGGCCCUAGAGAACUCGAAGAGUAGCGACCCUGCGAAGAAGAAGAAGGGCGAACAAUUCCUCUAUCAAAUGCGGAUGGGCAAGAGUUUCUUGCACGGAGUUGACCGCUUCGGUCGUCCCAUCUGCGUUGUUCGCGUGCGUCUGCACAAAGCUGCUGAUCAGGAAGUGGAUACUCUGGAGCGGUCCACCGUUUACACUAUUGAGAUGGCGCGCCUGUUACUGGCUCCUCCGGUUGAGACUGCGACUAUCAUUUUCGAUCUGACCGAUUUCAGUCUGGCGAAUAUGGACUAUACCCCCGUGAAGUUCAUGAUCAAGUGCUUCGAGGCCAACUACCCCGAAUCCCUUGGAGCCGUCCUCAUCCACAAGGCUCCGUGGAUCUUCUCCAGUAUCUGGAACAUCAUCAAGGGCUGGCUCGACCCGGUUGUUGCAGCCAAGAUCCACUUCACCAAGAACAGGCAAGACCUGGAAUCCUUCAUCCCCCCGAGCCAGAUCAUGAAAGAGCUCGAAGGCGACGAGAACUGGGAGUACAAAUACGUCGAGGUCAAGGACGGCGAGAACAAGUUGAUGGAGGACACGGAGACCCGCGACAAGCUGCUCGCUGAGCGCCACAUCCUUGCCAAGGAUAUUCAGGAUAUCACCAUCGAGUGGAUCCGUGCCAGCUUCAAGAAAGAAACCGCGGCUGCGUCCGCUGCCAAGGAGAAGCGCGAUGCUCUGGUUGAGGAACUGCGCAAGCAAUACUGGGUGCUUGACCCGUAUAUCCGGGCUCGCUCUCUCUACGACAGACUGAACAUCGUCCAGGGUGGGGGUAAGAUUGAGUUCUAUCCCGGUCCUGGAAAAAAGAGCACUGAGGCUGCAGAGUCCGCAUAA